AUGGAAACUGUUCAGGGUUCUCUCCGUGGAAACCAAUCGUGGACAUCUGGACAAAACAAUAUAGUUACUAGCAUCAUGGCCAACUCGACUCCGGCUGCUUUGGACUUGAGUGAAGACUCGCUCGGAAACUACGGAGCUCAAGCACUGGCUGAGGCACUCAAGACCAACUCGACUCUGACCACUUUAAACCUGCGCUUCAACUCGAUCGGAGAGUACGGAGCUCGGGCGCUGGCUGAGGCACUCAAGAUCAAUUCGACUCUGACCACUUUGGACUUGAGUGGCUGCUCGAUCGACGUCUGCGGAGUUCGUGCACUGGCUGAGGGACUCAAAAUCAACUCGACUCUGACUGCUUUAACCUUGAGGUACAACAUGCUCGGAUCUAGCGCAGCUCAGGCGCUGGCUGAGGCACUCAAGAUCAACUCGACUCUGACCACUUUGGACUUGACCGACAACUCGAUCGGCGACAACGGAUCUCAUGCGCUGGCUGAGGCACUCAAGAUCAACUCGACUCUGGCCACUUUGGACUUGGGUGGCAACCGGAUCAGAGAAAACGGAGCUCAGGCGCUGGCUGAAGCUCUUAAGACCAACUCGACUCUGACUGCUUUGGACUUGACCAACAACUCGAUCAUUGACGACGGAAUUCAGGCGCUGACUGAGGCACUCAAGGUCAACUCGACUCUGACCACUUUGGAAUUGGGCUACAACCUGAUCGGAACCUACGGAGCUCAGGCGCUGGCUGAGGCACUCAAGACCAACUCGACUCUGAGUGCUUUAAACCUGCGCUUCAACUGGAUCGGGGACAACGGAGCUCAAGCACUGGCUGAGGCACUCAAGGCCAACUCGUCUCUGGCCACUUUGGACUUGGGCCGCAACCGGAUCAGAGAAAACGGAGCUCAGGCGCUGGCUGAGGCACUCAAGACCAACUCGACUCUGACCACUUUAAACCUGCGCUUCAACUCGACCGGAGACUACGGAGCUCAUGCGCUGGCUGAGACACUCAAGACCAACUCGACUUUGACCACUUUGGACCUAAGCGAAAACUCGCUCGGAGAAAACGGACCUCAGGCGCUGGCUGAGGCACUUAAGACCAACUCAACUGUGUGCAUUUUAGGCUUAAAAACUGAUGUCGCCUCAAUAGUCAAACCCCUCAACCGAUGUACUCUAUAG